CGACACUACUAGAAAGCCCUGUGUGAAUACUCAAACUGCUUACUACUCUUACCUCCCAGUAACAUUGCAAUGAGACGAGAUGUCCAAGAGGGCCAGGCUCGGUGUUUAUCUCGCCUAGGAAGGCACAAGGAGGCUCUGGAUAUUGCAGAAAAAAUGAGAAACGGUGCUACUAACACAGAUCACUUAACGACGGUUCUCAACCUGCAGUUUGCCAUUUACCAGGGUCUGGAAAAUGUAGAAAAAAAGAUCACGUGUCUGCAGCAACUGAUCUGCUUACAUCCUUUCAACCCUUGGUACUGGAAGUUACUUGCUGAAGUUUAUAUGAGCCUUUUACAGAGUUUGUCUCCGUUAGUCAUUCCGGAAACAAUUCUAAAUCAGUCUGAAGAGAUUAGUGUAAGUGACAGUGGUUUCAAAACAUCAACUGGAAGAGAGGUUCAUUUGCAGCCUCACAGAUCAGAUGGCCAGAAGGAAGGCCCUUGGUCCAGCCUUGCUACAGAAACAAAGAGGGAGAAUGCAGUGACUUGUAGGAGCAGCCGAGCUGUAAAAGAAUUCCUCUGCACUUCGGAAGAACCGGAAAGGACGGAUGAAGGGAAACGUGCAGCCUCCAAGUCCUGGGAGCAGAACAUGUCGAAGAAAAUCAGGAUAAAGGCAUGUGCCUCGUUUAUUAGAGCAAGGCUUUUACUUCAGCUUACCCAGUCGCAACAAUUGUCCUUUGUGCUAGAGAAUAACAUAAAAGGUCAAAAAGAAAUUGAUGACAAAGUGGCACAACUUGAUUUCAAUGAAAACUCCGUGCUGUUGAUGACCAAGGUCAUGGGGCAGGAUCUUAUACCAGAAAAACUAAAAGAGGAAUUUCAGGGUGAGGUAAAAUGCAUAGGCCCUUCAGCGCUGUCAUCCUUGGUAACUGCAUCAGCCACAGAAUUUGAAAUCAAAUGGUUCGGUAAUCUCCAAGAUGAUUUAUGUCACUUUGACAGACAAUUCUAUUCAGAUAUAUGUCUCCCGCCUUUGGACAAGUUGGAAGUUGUUUCCAGGAUCUGUUGCUCCAUCACCUCCCCAGGGCUGGAGGUGCAGCUGGCAGGCCUAGCGAGGGUCAUGGACGGGGGCCGCACGGGACCCCCAUCACCCACAUCUAGAUCCUCUUCAUCUUCCUCCAAAAUAGGCGAGAGACUGAAAAUACAAGAACGAGGAUCAUUCCAGUUCCCGUUUUCCAGGUCAUCAUCUGAAUCUUCUUUGGCAAAAUUAGAGCGGAUGAACCCUCUUGUGCUGUCCACCAGCUCUCCCACAGACCAACCGUCUCCACAAG